AUGAGAACAGAGGCUUCCUCUCCGACCGACGACCAGCGAGAGAACGAGGGGGCCGCCCGCCUACCGCCUGAGCGGCGGGGGGAAACACAAUGCUUGGUGUGUUUGAAAUGGUUUGCUGCUAUUGGUUCAGUUCGAACGCACUGCAGACGAUUUCAUGAGGGCCAGGGGUUCGACCAACGGGAAAACGCCGGAGGCCCCAGGAGGAUGCUCCUGACGACUUGCUUCUUUCGGCCUUCUCGUACCCCACGUGCGGAUUCCAGUGCCACAGCAAACGCGGACUCACAAGGCACCGCAUGGUCAACCAUGGAUUCAGGCCGGACGCAGUGA